AUGACGCCAACCCUUUCCCCACCAACGCUUUUCACACCCUCGGAACUCAAAUACAAUCCAACCCUAUCAAAAUCCAUCACGCAACUGGUCAACGACGCGUUCUACCGUUCGUAUGAACGAGAUACGGUGAAAUGGGAUAAUUCGGAAUCGCGCUUCAGCGAUGAAGAGGGGCUUCAUACGCUGCUGAGUGGGGCGGGCAGCGUUAUCGCAUUGAUCUUUGACGAUGCGGCGAGCGCGAACGAGAACGGUACCAUCGAUGGCGGAAACGGUAGCAUCAGUGGCGAAGGCAGCAGCAGCGACGGCAAAGAGAGUAGAAAGGUCGUCGCAUGCGCCUCUCUCGUACCCUGGAAAGGCGGCUGGGAAAAAGAAUGCGCCUCCACAGAAACAGGCUGGGAAAUCAAAAUCGUAUGCGUAGACGGAGAUCCACAGUACCACCACCGCGGCCUUGCUAUCCAGCUUCUCGACUUCCUACAGCAAUAUCUCAUCGUGCGAGAAACCAUUCAGCUCGAACAAAAGGGACUACAGGGCCAACGCGUGUUGAGCCUUUGGAUCCUGGCUGCGGAGUGUCUCAACGGCGCGUAUUGGCACGUGGGGACCGGGGACUUGGAGCUGCAAGACGAGUUUUGA